AUGCCACCAUCACAGCAUGUGCAGCAUGCACAGCAUGCACAACAACUGAAACUCACAGCCAACUUGAUUUUUUCAGUCUCAACAAUAUGUCUUGGAUCGUUGCAAUUUGGAUAUCACAUGGCAGAACUCAACUCCCCUGAGUUAGUACUCACAUGCAAACGCUCACAACCAGGACAAGUCCCUUAUAUGGAUUCGUUUUGGGGGUCUCGCGGUUACCUCCAAUGCAUACCAAUGUCCCCUGAUCAAAUUGGUCUUGUCACGUCGAUAUUUUCCAUUGGGGGAUUAGUGGGGUCAUUCUAUGUGGGCCAUUUAGCUGACAAGUACGGUAGAAAAUUGACCAGUUAUUUGCAUUGUGCAAUGUACAUUAUAGGAUCUGUAUUGAAUGGAUUGGCCAAUACUUUUUAUGGACUCAUUUUUGGCAGGUUUAUAUGUGGAUUAGGUGCCGGGUCGGCUUUGGUCAUUACGUCCUUGUACAUUAAUGAAGUUUCACCAACACACACAAAGGGUUUAUUAGGAUCAAUGAAUCAAGUCAGCAUUAAUGUGGGUAUUCUACUUACACAAUUGCUUUCUCUCAAGUGGUCUAACGAUAAUGAUUGGAGGUGGCUUUUGAUUACUGCGGGUGUGAUAGCUGCUGUUAAUGUGAUUGUAUUAACUAUCUGGGUCGACGAGUCUCCGGUGUGGUUGGUAAACCAGGGCAAUCACGACCAAGCGUAUACGGUGUUGCAUAGAUUGAGAGGUGGGAGUUAUUCUGGAGUAACUGCUGAAGUUAAUGGCUGGAAGAGCAAUGACGAAUCGACUGAGGAGAGCAACUCAUUAAUGGAGAAUGGGGAGUUAGGUACGGAACACGGACUGUCCAAGUCUACUGCUACUUUAUGGGAAUAUGUUACGUCUCCUGAAUUCAGACCUUCGCUCAUUGCGUCAACUGGCGUUUUGAUUUUACAACAGUUUGAUGGAAUAAAUUCAAUCAUUUUUUAUGGAGUGUCUGUUUUGGUUUCGGUGUUCCCCAACCAUUCAAUCUUGAUUAAUUGUUUGAUUUCGUUGGUGAAUGUUGUCGUGACGUUUGGAUCUGCUACAAUUGUCGAUAAAGUGGGACGUAAACCCUUGUUACUUACCUCGGUGACAUUUCUCGGUGUGGCAACAGUGUUGAUGGGCUUGGGAAUCUUAUGGACCAAUUCCGUAAUGUCAAUCAUUGGUACAUUCACGUACAUCGCCUUCUUCGCCAUUGGUCUUGGCCCAAUCCCCUUCUUGCUAGUGGGUGAAGUGACUCAAACUAAAGCCAAGGCAUCUGCACAAAGUUUUGGAACCAGCUUGAAUUGGAUUGCCACAUUCAUUGUGGGUUAUCUGUUCCCAGUAUUGUUGCAUGCAAUAGGCGGUUCUGUCUACUUUAUAUUUACGAUAAUGUGUGGUUUCAGUAUAUGGUUUAUCAGAACUUAUGUCCCCGAAACAAAAGGUAAACUGUCUCACGCUGAAGUAUGGGGGUAG